GUGACUCGCGGAGAUAAAUGAUAGUUUGGAGGUGCGCGCAGUUAAUCACCGCCACGGCUGCCGUACAGCGUGUGCAACCCGCAGAUCAUUAGGUUAAAUGGAGGACAUUCGUGUCCUUCCAGAAUCAAUGCAAUUAUUGUUGGCAACAAGGACAACAAUUGGAGUGGCAGCACUAAUUUUACUAACCUGCUAUUAAUUAUGGUGUCCCCCACGCCCCAGACGGCGUUUAUAACCCGCGGAAGCAAGCGGCGCUGGCUGCUUCUGUUUUAAAACGGGAAAAGUUGGAAGUGGAAUGCCUGGUCGUGUUGGAAAGUGUUAAUCAGUAGGAAAGAGUGUGAUCAGUGGAACUAUUCACUUGAGCGUCACUCUGGUGCAGGGGGUUAGUGAAGUGGCUGUGGCGCCUGGGGACCGAAGGCUCCGUGCCGCGCCGCGCAGGUAGCGCGCACUGAGACAUGUCUGCGUUAGCUCCCCGCAGCUCCCUGCCACGCCAGCCAGCGCACACCAGAGGAGAGAAGCCCUGCCAUGGCACAGCCAUCGCUACCAGGUUUUAGCCGAAGUCUGGCGUGAUCGCAGCAUCUAGGGACCUGUGGUUACCAAUCAAUUGGUACAACAGAGCAGAGCCAGGCUGCAAUAGCGUGCAGAUCAGACGCCUCGCCUUGUUUCUAGAUAACUGGGAGCCUCUGUACCAUGUCCUAUCCUCAGUUUGGCUACCCUUACUCCUCUGCACCCCAGUUCCUGAUGAGCACCAACUCGCUGACGACCUGCUGCGAGUCCAGCAGCCGGACGCUGGCUGAGACGGGGGCGGCCGCCUCCGCCCAGACCCCCGUGUACUGCCCGGUGUACGAGAGCCGCCUGCUCGCCACCGCCCGACACGAGCUCAACUCCGCCGCCGCCCUGGGGGUCUACGGCGGGCCCUACGCCGGGCCCCAGGGCUAUGGAAACUACGUGACCUACGGUACCGAGGCUCCCGCCUUCUACUCCCUGGUAAGCCGCCCCGGGGGAUCGGCCGGGGCCGGGGCUCUGGGACCCCGCGUCGGGCAGGUGCGCGGGGGCGAGGGCGAGCUGUCACAUCCCUGUGCCUGCAGGUACGGGACGAUGGACGGCGGGACGCGAAGGAAAAACGCCACCCGAGAGACGACCAGCACGUUGAAGGCCUGGCUGCAGGAGCACCGCAAGAACCCCUACCCCACCAAGGGCGAGAAGAUCAUGCUGGCCAUCAUCACCAAGAUGACCCUCACCCAGGUCUCCACCUGGUUCGCCAACGCCCGCCGGCGGCUCAAGAAGGAGAACAAGAUGACCUGGCCCCCGCGGAACAAGUGCUCUGACGAGAAGCGGCCCUAUGAGGAAGAGGAGGAGGAGGAGGAGGAGGGUUCGCAGGAAGAGGCCAUGAAGAGCGGGAAAGCCGAGGAACCCACGGGCAAGGAGGAGAAGGAACUGGAGCUCAGCGACCUGGAGGACUUGGACGCCGCCGAGUCGGAGAGCUCGGAGUGCGAGCUGAGGCGGCCCUUCCCACACCCGCUCCCGCAUCCGCAUCCGCACCCGCUCCCGCUCCCGGGCGGCAGCCACCCGCCGCGGGCCGCCGAGCUCCCCGCCAAGAUGCCGCCGCCGGCUGCCGCCGGGGAGGAGGAGGAGGAGGAGGAGGCGGCGGCAGAGCGGGCGCGGAGCUGCCUGAAGACGGCGGCGGAGGAGUGCGGCCCCGACCCGCUGGGCGCUCGGCAGCGCGGCUGCGAGUCCAAGAUGUGCUUCCAGCAGGGGCAGCAGCUGCUGGAGGCGAAGCCCAGGAUUUGGUCCCUGGCGCACACCGCCACCUCCCUCAACCAGGCCGAGUACCCCUCCUGCAUGCUGAAACGGCCGGGGGGCUCGGCCGCCGCCGCCGCUCCCGCCCCGGUCAGCGUCAUGGACAGGCACCAGGACUCGCCGGUCACCAACCUCAGGAACUGGGUGGACGGGGUGUUUCACGACCCCCUGUUCAGGCACAGUACUUUAAACCAAGCCCUGAGCAACACAACAGUUUCCUGGGCUACCACCAAAGGAGCCAUUCUGGAAACGGGCGCCUUGGGACGCGCGGUGGGGAACGGCGCCAAUGUGCUCAAGGGGCAGCUCUCAAACCUGGCCCACCAUGACUCAAACAAAGAGUUUCUGGCGUUCCCCAAAUCAGGAAGCAAAAUGUUUUGUUCCUAACAGGCCCGCCGAGGGGCGAAGGACUUUCUAACGCUUGAAGAGUCAGCUACACUGAAAAGAGACUUGCAAGAGUUUAAAUUUAAAUAUAAAACUUUUUCUUCCUUUUUUUUUUUUUU